AUGACGCACCGGAUUCCGCACGGUUCGUUCCCCACAGAUCUCUUGCCAGGCCAGUGCCUCGACGGCUGUUCAGUUCAUAUCCUUAAGCUGGCCCUUGACCGGAUCUUUGCUGCUCUCAACAAGGCAACAACCAGUGGAGAAGGUGAUCUGUUCAUGGUAGAACAGCAAGAAUCAGGGCAGAAUUUGUUGCAGCAUCGUUGCCCACAGCUGCAACAACAGCCUACACACCAGGGUCCGCAGACGUUCCCCGAGCAGUUCUCCCAAUGGGAGCACCAAAAACCUCACAGUGUGACCACUUGGAAGAAGCAUAAAGGGAUGCUAGAAUCGCGGGAAGCGAUGGAAGCAGAAGCUGUCGCCACCCUGCAGCAGCAACGCAAGCUACUGGAGGCGUACGGAAAACAGAUCCAGCAGCAGCAACAACAGUCCCUGCAUGCAAUCGACUUACUACAGCGAGAGAGAAGGGCUCUCCACAACUCCGCAACUCCCGGCGAGAUGAUACAGGAUGUGGUGUUUAGGUUGCAUCAGCGCGAAGAACGAGUGCUUGCACAGCUGAGGGGGGAGCAGCAGCUGCAACAGAUUCUCCACAUAGUUCUGAGUCGUUGCGUGCAUCUGCAGCGGCAGAUCGAAGAACUCAAGCAGCGGCGAGAGCAGCUGUUGCAGUUUUGCCGUGGAAGAGUUGAGGAUGUGGGACCAGGGGAAUGUUCGUCCUCAGCCCUCACGAAACAGCGUCCGACAGGCCUUCCAACAGUUCUCUGCUCUCCAUGGCGAAUACCUGUCGUUACAGCCCAUGACGAUACUGCAUGCGAAGCGUUCGCUAUGCACGAAUGGCUACGGGAGAGAGGCGUUCCGCAUGGAACCACAACUCCAUGCAGGAGCAGCUUCAGCACCAGCACAAGCAGCAGGAGCAGCAAUGCCCACCGUAUCGCUCCAACUGCCUUCCAGCCGACAGAUGAGCAUCGUGGCCGGCCUUCGUUGCUUCGGGGGUCUGUUGCUCCCACCAUACGCAGAUGUUAUGGAGAUAUGGGGCAGCAAGAUAAUGCACUGCUUCAUCUACAGCAUCAGCACUUUGUUGACGGGUCAGUCGAAUGCAACGCUGCCGGCGGCACAGACAGCACAGCAGUUGGUGCUCUCCAGCAACAGCAAUAUCUGAAACAGUGGCAGCAUGACCCUAGGGGAUGGCAGCACGUUUCCGGUAGUGAGGAAAGGGCCGCGUUGCGAGGAAACCUUCUGCAGCAAUCUAGACAACAGAGCGUAGAGCCCGAAGGGUUGGUGGCAUUGCAGCUUAAGCACCAGCAGCAGCACGAACGGGAGCAGCAGGCGCAGCAGCUGCAAGAGCGAGAGGAGGACCUAGAUAUCGGCAACACAGGCACAGAGGCGACUCAGUACAAGCAAUGCGAUGACAACGAUCCGCGAGUGGCUGAAGAUCGAAACAGCCUCGAGGCUUUAGACGGGGGAUCGAAUGGAGGCUCAGCUCUGUGCGGAAAGAGAGCGAUGAAUAGGGAAGAGUAUCGGCAGACAGAGUCGGGGCUGCAGCUGACGAUUGAGCAACAACGCCACCAGUUGCUGCUCCAUCACGAAGAGCUACAAGACUUAGAGAGAUGUAUUUAUGAAGCCAUGGCUAAUGAAGAAAGCGGAUGGGUCGUGGGUUCCCUCGAAGCUCAGCAGCAGCAGCAGCUGCACCAGCAGCAAGUAGCCGCUGAAAUCCAUCUAAGGAGCUGCAGACUCUUGGAACUGUGUUCGCUACUGGCUCCCUAUACAGUGCAGACCGAGCAACAUGUAGAGGGGCGACAGCAGCUGGGUGACAGCCCCCAGCCACAGCCACCAGAGGCGGAGGUGAGACUGCUGCGUCAGACUCAGGCAACGUUGGCAAGCCUACUUGAAGAUAGGCUACAGGAGUGCUCCCCAUCUCAGCAGGUACAUCUGAAGGAACGCCAGUUUGCCGAAUUGGCGGAGCAGCUACAACAGCUGGAACACCUUUCAAGAAGCAUGACCCCUCAUGCACGACGCGCCGUAGGCUGCAUUCUUGGGGAGCUGCACCACUACUCUGAAGGCUUGCGGCAGCAGCAAAACAACCAGAUAUCGUGGAGGCAGCGGCGGCAGCACAAGCACCAAGAGUUGGUGUUUGCUGCUGCACUGCGGGAGGUAGAAGACUUCGUCCUGUGGCGGCUGCAACAAGAGCAAGACAAACAGCAGCAGCAGCAGCAACGGCUGCAGCAUCAGGAGGAAGUCAAUCGCAAGCAACAAAGCCAGGCACAGCCUUCGCACCAGCACAGUGAAGUAUUCAGGGGGCAGUCAGCAUCAAGGCAAAAGGAUGAGGUACAGCAAACAGCGGAAAGCCAUGGAGCAGACCUCGAGAAUGCAUCGUCUUACAGGCAGUUGCGGCAGGGAGUUGAGUUGCUGCAGACAGCAGUGCAAAGCAUUUCUGCUGCUAACAAAGACCGCAGUAAGAGCAAGAAGUGCAGCAGCAGCAGAAAAGGCGAGAAACAGCUACUCUUGUCUCCACGGUGGUCUCCCGUGUACGCCAUCUUCUGUCAGACACUGGGCAUUGCUGCAGCUGCCAGAGGCAGCAAGGCGUCUUCAUUGGCUGCCGCGCGGUUCCUGCCUCUUAAUGCUGCCUCUGCUGCGAGUUCUGAGGACGACGAGGCUUCAACAAGAGGAAAGGCAGCAAGGACCUACCGCAGACGCGCUACAGCAGCAGCACCUACUGCAGCAGUAACAGAAAAGUUUAUCCAACCCGUGGGAAACUUCCAAACGGGGGGAGAGAACAUCAGGCGAGAAGGAACAGCAAAUGUUCAAGCUUUUGGAACUGCUGCAAUGAGGGAGCCUACACGGCAAGCGCCAAAUUCCCUGAUGUCUGGCAUGUGCAUCGAUGCAUCACCAGCAGCCCAAGAAGCACCAACCACAACGAGAGCAGGUGCAGCUGCCCCAAGUGGCGUUUCUUGGAACCCAAUAGCGGCAGCAACAGUAACAACAGCAGCAACAGCAACGGAAACGGCGACAGCAACGGCAACUACUGCUCCCUCCGGCGGACUGCGGGGGACUUUGUUGCAUGCCCAAAUACAAACGCAAGGCCAUGCAGCACCCGUGAUGGCCGGUGCAGCUGCAGCUGCAGCCGCAACAGCAACAUUUAUGUCGGCAACAACAGCAGCAGAAGAUACGAUGAACUUUUGCACGGAAUGUCCGCAGAGAGGGGAACAAGAAUUAAAGUUGAGGUGCGAGCAGAUCUUCCAGCAACAGCACUGCACUCAGGCGCUACGGAAUCGGCAGCAACAGCAGCCACAGCAGCAGCCAAAGCUGCAGCCCCAUAUGCAACCGGAAUUGCUGCCCAUGCAGCAGCAGCAUCGGAUACAGCAACAGCAACAGCAAAUGCUCUUUCAGAGGAGGCAGCUCCUGCAGCUCCACCAACAACAACUGCAGCAGCAACACGUAGUUAAUCAGGCGCAGCAGUUGUCAACCUUUUGCCAAGACAAGCAGCACCUGCUGCUCCAGCAACAACAACUGCACCAUCAGCACAAGCUGCAGCAGCAUCUACUUCACCAGCAACAGCUUCAGCAGCAGCAACAGCUCCAGCAGCAGCAACAGCUUCAGCAGCAGCAACAGCUUCAGCAAAAGCAACAGCUACUGCUGCAGCUGCGGCAAACGUCGCAGUGGCGACCCUUUGAAGGGACACCCAGUCCCCAACCGGCGCAGAUGGUGCACAAUAUGCAGCAGCAGCAGCAAUGGCAACAGAUGCAGCAAAAACGCAAGUGGCGACCAGAGGGGUGCAACACUGCAGAUUCUGCUGCAGGCGAAAAUGAAACAGAGGCUCGGUCGGCCGCUGUUGGAGACGUUGUUUGUGGCGACGUACCUGAUGAGCUCUUUCCCUGCAGACAAACCGCCUUUGCAGGGUCGGGCAGCUGCAGCCAGCACCAACUUCCAUCCGAAGAAGCCCCCGGAAAUGCGGCAGGUGCUACGCAGACAAGCGAACCAACCUUGCCUCUGUUUCCCGCAGCUCAUGGCGCGUCUGGUACAGCAUCAGCUGCUGAGGAGAAGAGACAAGCAUCGUGCUUAGAGCAGCAAGGGCAGUACUCGGCAGCAGCAAAGGCCAACGCAGCUGAAGCACGAAAAGAAGCAGAACCAAACAACAUUGAACAAUCUGCAGAGGGCGUCCGUUCACUUUUGGUGGACCUGUUGCUGUGCCUCUGCUGCCCCAGCAAUGCCGAGCGGAUAUUAGCAACAAAGAAGGGUCAAAUGGCUGCACAAACAGCGGCAACUGCAGCAACAGCAGCAGGGGGGGCAAGCGCAUUUGUGGGUCACAGCUUGGAGUGUGUAGAAGUAGCGGAUCCUCAACAUCCUCUGCGGCUCGGAACACCCUGCAACGAAACCGCCUUCGCCAGCCGCCUCCGCGAGGGGUGCCAACCCAUUCCUGCAUGUCACAAGGUGCCGGUGGUGUUGGGCCACAUUUCUGGGCGGGUGACGCUGAGUUCAAAAAUGGACUCCGUGGACGGCUCUUCAGCCCGCUUUGGACUGUCUUUCUGUCCUGAGGCGAUCGUUUCGGGCUUUAUAGGGGCUGGAGUGCCGCCUGCGGCCGCUAAAUCUCCUCUUCUGCUGCCGGCAGCUGACUGUUUAUGCCUCUCCGUUUGUACAGCGGAUGGCCGCGUUGCCGCCCCUGCAGCAGCAGUGCGACAUUUCGAAGUGUAUGUGAACGGCUGGCCCCACUUGGUGUUAACUUCCAUUCCAGGGAUUGCCCUGAACGCAGGCGACUUUCUGUUUGCAGACUUGGGCCCCCGACUCUUCAUGCGACUGAGACAGAGGCUUUGGCAACAGGCGGCUUUGCGACUUCUAGAAGAGUUGAUUCUCUGUUGCUGCUGCAGCUCGCUGCUGCACUUACGCUGCACGUUUCGACGCUUUCGCGGUUCAUCCGAAUCUUUGGUCUGUCAGCGGUGUCACGUCCUAAGCGAGAGAGUGAAGGGUUCGCCUCCUGCAGAUGAAAUUCUUCUUGUGCCCCUUCGCUCGCUUAUUAACAAACACCAGGCUCAACAGCAGCACGAAGACCUGCAGCCGCUGCUGCAGCGCCGACAGCAGCGCCAACUAGUGCGCCAGCUCCUGCACCAACUAAGUUGCAGCGAAGCUCUGCCGCCUGAAGAUCGAACCGAGCAGCAGCAAACGACUUGGCCGACAUGCGCCUUUCUUGGGCCUGCCUCGAAUGUCCCUGCAUUUAACACUUCCGAGUGUUUUGCUGCCCUUCUACUCUCUAUCCUUGCUGGCAGUGAUACAGGGAAUGGCCCAUUUGCAGCAGCCGCUGCUGCUGCAAUCGCUGCUGCCUCAGCUGCGGCAGUGAGGCAGCCUCGUUAUGACUUUCCCAGCAGUACAACUCUCAACGGGCCAGACGCUGAUGGUUCUCCUGCGCGGUUGUCCUACAUCUGUCAAUGGCGUGACACGGCGCAGUUGGCUGGAUUGGAUGCGGAGGACUCUGGGGCCCUGGCUGCUGCCUUGCGGCCCUGUGCCAAGUGCUACAGAAGGGUCGUGCUACAGCAGCACUAUCGACGCCUGCAGCAGCUAAAGCAACUCCAGCAGCGGCUACGCCGGCAGUUGGAAUGGCUGUGGGUUUCUAUGCAACAACAGCAGCAGCAGCACAUUACCGAGCAAGCAGCCUUCAUUAUAGAGAGACUUUCACUUCACCAGACACCCACCCCUUUCUCACCUCCCCCGAGGAGGCAGAUGUUGCAGCUGCUGCUACACCAGAAGCUCGCCAGGGAAAAGAGCUGCCGCGAGCAGCAGCGACUGCAGCAGCUGUAUGACCUGGUUCGCUUGGUCUUGUUUACAUUAGAAAAGCCAAUUUUAUGCCAAAGAAAAACAACCGUAGAGAAGCAGCCGCUUCUGAAGCACCAACAGCAGCGUACGGGACAGAACCACCUUGCUGAGCCCCAUCAGCACCUGAUGCAGAUGUUACAGAAAGCGCUUCAAGCAGCAGAGGCCCAGCAACCACGCAGCCCUUCGCGUCUCCACAGGCUAGUACAAGAGAUUCAAGAAGCUGCCGCAUUGGCUGCAGAGAAAGGCAGCAGCGCUGACAGCAGCAGCAUGCUUGCCACCUCCUUGACCUCGGACAGCACAAACGUGCUGUCGUUGCCUCUCUUAGGCACUGCAUCCCAUGCGGAACAAACGGAAGCAGCAGUAGCAGCAGCGAUUGCGGGCAGCAGUAAGUGGCUUGCUGCGUUGGCGCAACAAGCACCCCCAGCCAUAUUUGCUGCAGCUUCGGCUGUUGCAGGAAGGAGCCUAUCCACAGGUUUAUCAAUAGCUGCACUUAGGUGCCGCCUCCUUUCAGGACAUGGUGAAGCUGCAUCGCAAGGCCUUCAGUCCGCCGUCGCGCAAGCAGCCGAGGAUUGGAGACACAGUAAGAUUUACACCAACCGUACUGGCUCGCCCCAGCAACAGACUUGUAAGCAUGUGCAUGCGUUGCGGUGUGGCUGUGCUGGUGCAGUCAGCCAAGUGCUGCUGAGGGCGUGCAGUAGGCGUCAUCAACUCCUGCGUGCUGCCUCAGCGCUGCUCCAAAGAGAACCUCAGCUACUUUUUUCCUUGCAAGACAGCUCGAAAGACGGGCCCUACCUUCCCAUAACACACCAAACAGGGCAAAAGAAACAACAACAAAAGGGACGACGUCAGCAGAAUCAGCCACAGGAGCACCAAUCGCAGCAGCAGCUGCAGCGGCAGCAGCACCUACAAGAGCAGCCGCUGUCUCAGCAGGUUCACGGUAGCGAGGGAGAUAUCGAAGCCUCCAUCCAGUGCAUGUUAACGGGAACGCAUCCUCAAAGGAUGGUGGAACCGAACGCGCAGCAACAGCAACUCCUACACAUGCACGCGCAGCAGCAACAGCUGUUGCAGUACGAGCAGCAGCUGUAUCAAGCAGCGCUGCAGGCCUCGCAGCGUUUGGAUCAGCCAAUGCAGCAGCUGAACUUGCAACAUUCACUACAGAGGCAGCGCUUGCAGCAAGGACGCUCAGACCAGAGCCUACAGCAGCAAGCUGUGCACCAGCUGCAAUGGGGGAAGCGCCUACAGCCACGCCAACUUCAACAGCUGCAGCUGCAGCAAAAGCUGCAGCCCCAAAUACCUCUGCCUCUUCAGGCCCCCGCUCUGCACCCCGCUUUGUUGCAACAACAUAUGCAGUAUCAGCAGCAGAACUCGCAACAACAACAUUUGGAGCCUUUGAAACAACCGGGUUUCCAGACACUGCAACAGCAGCAACUGCAGCAUUUACAUCACUUGCAUCAAGCACACCUACUGCAGCAGCAGGACUUAAGAGUGCCUGCCGAGGAAACCUCCCAAGUAGCAAGAGAGUUAAGGGGGGCGGUAGAAGACGAGCAGAUGCACCGAAAGCAGCUGCAGCAACUCCAGCUGCAACGGCACCUCCAGCUACAGCAGCAGCUCCAGCUCCAGCUCCAACACCAGCACGCACAACAGCGGCUACACGUGCAGCAACUGCACCGGCAGCAAGACCUCAGUCUUCAAAGCUUGCAAGAGCAAUUGGUUCAGCAACUGACUCCACCUCAACGUGAGGCGCAACAGAUCGAGAGACAGAACAGGCACCUGCAGCAAAACGGCAUGCUCGAGAACGAACAUGGACAUCAUCUAGGCCAGCAGGCAAUACAGCCGCAGAAACUGCAACAUGAUGAGACUCACAUACAGCACCAGCAAGAGGAAGAUGAACAGCAGCAACAAGAGAAGCAACGCCGUCGCUACAGCCAGAGGCAGCAGCGGCAGCUACUGCAACCGAGGAGCCUCAGGCGAGAGAGACUCUGUCACGGUAGCACCAGCACCGCCAACAGGAUGCUAAAGAACCGCCCCCCUUUGUAUGCCGGUGCAGCUGCGAAAGUUUCCACUGAAGGGAGUUUUCGGUACACAGCAAGGAAAGACGAGCAAGAAGAUAAUGAACACGAGCCCACUGCAACAGACUCGGCGACAGAGACGGAAGUUCGCUCUAGUACAGUUGCUUCAGGACGUGAUAUGAUAGCAAAUGCUGCCUCAACAGCUCUCGAUAGGCUAACUGAAGCAAGGGAGAGGCAACACCUAGCAAAGCAGAAACUGAAGGGAGCGAGGAGGGUGCGAGCGCUGAGCUGCAUGUUGGCCCAGAAGUCCGAGAACCAUGCCACAGCUGUUGCCACCGCUGCUACUCAGACACUUCAUGGCCCGGUUUCGGUUUUUCGUAACAGGAUAUCCAGAUUGAAAGUCAACGCGGAUUUGGCAGUGGCUAGUGCUCGGUCUCUUGUUGCUGCCUCGAAGCAAAAAGCAGCAGCAGCUAUUGCCGGCGAAGAAACUGCGACGCAGGAGCUGUCUGCAGCGAAUACUGCAGUUAACACCGCGGAAGUAGUUGCAGCGGCGGAGCAGCCUGCAGCAGCAGACGCCUGUGAGGAAGCAGGAGCAACUGCUGUCCCUGAGCCUUGCAGCAGCGAGCAAAUGCAGAUCGCAAGCCCCCCAACGCAACAGCGAGGCCAUCCCACAGCAGGUUCCCCAGCAGAAUCCGCAGCAGAAUCCACAGCAGAUUCUGGUGCAGCACCUGCGGCUCCGGGAACACCAAAAAUAAAAAUUGGAGGAAGACAAGAGGCCAGCGGAGAUGCAGCAAGUGGACAAGAAACAGGUGACCCAACAGUGGCACCUCCACCGAAUUUCGGCUGCGUAAUGAGGCGGGAAAACUGCGUGGAUACAAAAGAAGCAGGGACACGGGAGGCUGGUCGACCAUGGGUUAUUCAAGAUGUAACGGAUACGCAAGGAACAACAGGCGCAUCAGGAGAAAGUAAUGCUCCAGCAGCUCUCGAAGCAAGGAUUGCAACAGCAUCCGCUGAAGCGGAAGGUGCUACCACUGCCGCUGCUGCUUUGUUGGAUAGUGCCAUUAAGGCGCCAGAAGUCGCCGCAGCAGCUGCUGCAGCUGCAACAACCGAUGCAUUGCUACUGUCUUCAAAUGCACUUCCAGAAUCACCGGCGAAGCAAAAGUUCGUUUCGAAGUCUGACGGGCUUCUUGCAGCGGCAGCAGCAGCGGCAGCAGCAGCGAUGGUAGCAAGAAGGGCUAGAAGAAGACUGCCAGGAAGGCUGACAAAUAGGCGAAGGCGAAUAUUUGCCUACUGCUGCCGCGAAAGUAUAGGCGACGCCUGUACCUGUACUCAGUGCAGCAGCUGCAAGAAAGAAACUGCUGCUGCACCUGUCCCUGCUCCCUCACCUGCUGCUGCUGCUGCGCUUGCAGCGCGCAGCAGCAAGAGGGAUGAAGGUCUUCAGCAGACGGGGCACAUGCAGAUAUCACUUAGGUCAAGGAGAGGAAGAAGUACUGAUGCUGCCAGCGUUGAUACAGCAUCUACCAGCAGCAUCAGCAGCAGGAAUUUGCGAAAAUGGAGAGGCACCCGAAAAAGGGAGAGGAGAUGCAGAAGCAGUUUCCCUUCUCCCAGCAGCGACGAAUCCAGCAGCGUCAACAUAGACAGCAGCAGCGGGAGUGAUUGGGAAGGCACCAUCACUCGGCGGAAGAGCCAGCCUCAAUACAGAAGGCACCAGGACGCUUCAGCACCUACAUCAGCUGCUGCACCCUGUCCAGCAGCAGCUCUGCGUCGGGCUGAAGCACUUGCAUUCGGUGGCAGAGCAGAUUUGGAAGGAGAUCCUGUGGAGCAAAGGCAGCAGCUAGUCUCUCUCAGUCCAGUCGUGGCCGGCCUGCAUAAAGACAGAAGCAACGUUUCGAACGCCGGUGCCUCUACCUUGAGAAGCGCCCGCAGCGGCCUGCGAAGCUCCCUCCAGUAUAACGGAAAAUCCCGCUACUGCCCCACACCCGUUGUCACAGACCAAGGGCCAAGGCUACUCCCACAGAUCCCCAGCCAGCACUGUGGAACCAGCAGGCAGAAGCAGGGGCAGCAAACAGCGUCCCCACGCAGUAGCUGCCGUAUUCUGCGCAGCCAUAGCAGACACCCGGCAGCUGCUGCAGCAGUUGAAGGAGCCGAGGCAACUCUUGAGAUGAAUCUGAUAAAAGAAAAACCCCUCACAGCACCAUAUCCAUCCUCUGGGGAUCCCCUUGCGACAGGGGGAGCGAACGAGUCCGCGCUUCCCGCCACCCCUGAUACAAUUUCAACGGAACCAGCAGAUGCCGAAGAAGGUCACGAAUGCCCUUCCAGCUCGCGCUGCAACGCAUGCAACGCGCGACAGCCCAAGACUUGCCGGGACCACUGCGAAGCAUCCUCUACGGAUAGCGGUAUCCAAACACCCUUCAAGAAGAGGUCAGUGCCAUUUGCUUAUUUGCGGCACGAGGAACAUGAACAGGAGGAACAGUGCGAGCACGAAGAGCUAGCUGAGCAGCAAAGGCGACGCCAGCCACUCCCAGUUGCAGCCAGCAUCCGCAGCUUGCGCGGCAACAACGGAGUAGUCGGAAGACACACCGCAGCAGCAGAAACAGAUGCAAGAACUGUCGAAAGCACCGGAGUAUCAACUGCGCCCGCUGCAGUAUCCUGGAGGAACUAUCAGCAGGAGCACCAGCGCAACCACCAGCAUCGCGAGAGCGAUGCUUCAGCCCUACCACUUGAAACGGCUCCACUGAUUCUCGAAGACUUCAGGGAGUUGCUUCUGUCCCUACUACGCCACCCGAAGCAACAGCACGAUACGAAUCUGCCUCAGACGCGAAAGGGAAGUGCGGCCGCAAUCCUUGCUGCUUCUAGCCAUGGCAGAAACAACGGCAGCAUGUAUAAUACACCUAGCAAAUCAUCGCACGACGCAUGCAACCGGAAAUAUCGUUCAGUGCGCUCUGCUGCUGCUGCAGUAGCGGCUGCGACAGCAGCCCAACUGCAAGCACGAGGCCCUGGGGGUCCAAAAGACUUCAAAGCAGAUGUUGAAGCAGCGGCAGCGGAAAUAGCAAAGAAUAUCAGCUGGAACGAGAAGAGACGCAGCUAUGCAGCGAAGAUUAGGGGAGUGUCACAGCCUGUAUGGUUUGCUGCCAAGAGGAGAGGCGUCCCUCAGGCGCUUCAAGCUGCAGCCAACCUCCUCAUAGAAGAUGUACAACGGCGCAGGCCAACCCAGUUAGGUUGA